AUGAGAAACCUUCGGAUAUUGAAUAAAGGAUUGUUGCAACCAGAAUCUAGGACAUAUCCAGAUCUUCCUAUUGUUACUGCAACUUUUGACGUUAUCACAGAUAGUGUGACAGUUGUACUUGGAUGUGGAGAUUCGGAAAUUGUUGAAGUUCAGCAGUAUGUUAAAGAUGGCACAAUUAGACUUUUAGCCUCCUUCCCUGUUAAAUCUGGUGAUACACUUACGUCAUUUGCGCAUUUCUCAGACUUGACCGAACUCAUAUUUGUUUUUGAAUCUGGAGAUAUAAUCACUGCAAACUAUGCAGAUAAUAUCAAUGGUAAUGAUAUAGAUCAUACUAUUGUUGAGGUGGUUGGAUCUAUUGACGUCGGUAUUAUAUGUUCUGCCUGGUCCCCUGAUGAAGAGACACUGGCAUUGCUUACAAAGGAACGUAAUGUGGUUCUCCUUUCACGAACCUUCGACCCAAUAGCUGAAAUUAAGCAAGAUUCUGAUGACUUGGAGAUGACAACACAAGUUUCUCUUGGCUGGGGUAAAAAAGAAACACAGUUUAGAGGUGCGGGGGCAAGAAAGUCUGAGGCAAGACAAAGAUUAGCCUUGAAGCAUGCUGGUUUGAAUAUAGAUAGUGAUACAGCUGUGUUACAUGAUCCCACUGUCAAAGAGAUGGAGUAUGGUAUCAUGACUGAACAUGAUCAUCCGGAUUCUGCAAGCAUUUCUUGGAGGGGCGACUGCAAGUAUUUUGGUGUAAAUGAUGUGGACAUAUCUCCAAAAGAAGAUCAUACAAGGCGUCGUGUUGUUCGUGUUUAUACAAGAGAUGGCAAGCUUGUAUCAUCCUCAGAGCCCAUUGAUGGUUUGGAAGGUGAUAAUCUUUCUUGGAAACCACAAGGUGCCAAUUUAGCCUGUACACAGCGGGUGAAAGAAGCCGAUCCAGAUGAUGGUUCUAUUCAUGAGCAUUUGAACGUUGUCUUCUUGGAGAAGAAUGGUCUAAGGCAUGGAGAAUUUGAUACAAGAAUCCCAGAAGGGCAAGUUAUCAAUCAAAUAGUAUGGUCAUCCGGAAGUGAGGCUCUUGCUUUAAGGUAUGAUGAUAGAGUUCAAAUAUGGACCACCAAGAACUAUCACUGGUAUCUAAAGCAGGAAAUUUUUCCAGCGGACAGUCAUGUCCAGUCAUCUGUUUCUUUUGUCAAGUUCCAUCCAGAAAAGCCCUUCAGAUUAAUGGUUGGCACACAGACUGGUGUCACAAUUAUUGAUAUGGACUACUGUCUUACAAAUGGACCGACAGCAGCUCCUUAUGAUAUUGGUAUGAUGCUUGUCGCUGAUGGAACCACAUGCAUGAUGACACCUUUGGCAAAAGCGCACGUUCCACCUCCAAUCAGUUUCAGAGAGGUUGAGGUUGGUGAGCCAAUUAUUGAUAUGGCUGCUUCCCAAUCCAACGAAAACAUUGCUAUUGUUACAAACGAAAAUUUGUACAUUGCACAUGUUUCAUUCGCUGGUAAAGUUGUGUCUUCUAUAGAAAUAGUCAGCCAUGUUUCCAAGGAUCUAUUUUGUAUCAAAGGUCAGCCUCGCCAGAUCUGUUUUUCUGGGAAUGAUAAGGUUUGCGUGGUUUGUGACACAUUUGCCCCAUCUAGCUGUGAGCUCUCUGAAUUUGAUAUUUCGUCCUUAAAAGAGCCAAAAUUAAUGACAACUACACCAACGAGUAUCUCUGUUGUUUGUCUCAAGUCUGACUCAAUAUUUAAGAACUUUUCUUAUGAAACCGUGGAUGGAAGUGUCUAUUUAGGUGAAGGUCCAAAGUUUAUUGGAAAGUUUCCACAUUUUUGUUCCAACUAUGAGGUCUGUGAGAUAGAAAAGGAUGGUGAGUCCAACUACGUCUGUUUUGGAAUUACGACAAAUGGUAAAUUGUUUAUCGGACAAAGAUUGUUAUGCUCAGGAGCAACAUCGAUUUUACUAUCGGAUAAGUAUUUGCUGUAUACCACAGCACAACAUGAACUUAAAUUUAUGCAUCUUGAAAAUAACGACUCCUUGUUGGACGACACAAAACCAUUUGAAUUGCCAGUUGACAUUCAAUCUUUCGACCAGCAGCAGGAAAAUAAUAAUAGUGUGUAUGGAUCUGAGCAAGAACAAAUGCAAUAUCAACAGCAGAAUCAGGUAUAUGAUGAGAGGGCCAGAAUGAUUGAAAGGGGUUCCUGGCUUAUUUCAGCGAUUCCAUCACAAUCAUCUGUGACAUUGCAAGCUCCAAGGGGUAAUAUUGAAACUAUAUUUCCUCGUAUUAUGGUUCUCAGUGAGGUCCGGAGUGCAAUAAAGAAACGCAAAUACCGUAAAGCAUUCACUAUUUGCAGAACGCACCGUAUAUCAUUGGAUAUUUUACAUGAUUACGAUUCCGAGCUAUUUUUCAAGAAUGUUGAGCAUUUUGUUAACGAAUUGGGCUCCGUGGAAUAUCUAGAUUUAUUCCUUUCUUGUCUUUCCGAAGAGAAUGUGUCCGAAACGAAGUACAAGCAGACAAGCGCUGAGGAUGCGGAAGCAAAGUCCAAAGUGAACACUGAGUUUGGUUCUGAAUUAGCAAGUUUAAGCAUCGAUGAUCGGCAAUCUAGCUGUAAAAAUGGAUUCGCUUUGAAAGGGCCAGAAAAAGUCAGAACUAUUUGCGAUUCUGUUGCCAAGGUAUUAGCAAGGCCAAAAUACAGGGCUAAAUAUAUCCAAUCCAUUAUUACGGCAUGCGCAUGCCAGAAUCCACCUAAAUCGAAGGAAGCUUUACAGUUAAUAAGUGCUAUAGAAAACGAGUCCGAAAAAGAGCGCUGUGUUCAGCACUUAUGCUUUUUGUUGGAUGUAAACAAGCUUUAUGAUACUGCCCUAAGCAUUUAUGAUAUUCCAUUGGCAUUAGUUCUAGCCCAACAGUCGCAAAAGGAUCCAAAGGAGUACUUGCCAUUCUUACAAGAUCUUUAUAAGCAGGAGCCUAACAGAAAGAAAUUCAUGGUCGAUACCUAUUUGAAAAAGUUUGAUAAGGCAUUAGAGUGGUUGAUUGAAGAUCAAAAAGUCAAAAGCAGUGAUUCUUUAGACAAGGAGAUUUCAGAGUACAUCUUAGAUCAUAUGCUCUACAAGCACGCGCUUAAGUUGUAUAGGUAUGAUAGUAAGAGGUUUGAUAAUGUUUUGGAGUCUUACGCAAAUUAUCUUCAUUCCUCUGAAAAAUAUUCGGAGGCUGCCUUGGCUUUCGACAAGCUGGGAAAUUACGAAUAUGCAUUGGAUGACUACAUUUCUGCUGAUAACUGGAAGGAAGCUCUUUCUAUAGCCGUUCGGCCAGAAUUCAAGGAUCGACUUGAAGAUAUUUCGGAGCAACUUGUGGAAAAUUUGAAGAAUAUUCACAAAUAUUCUGCUGCGGCCUACAUUGAAAAUAAGUAUCUUGGAGAUUUAAAAGAAGCACUGCAUCUUUAUUGCAAGGAUUGUGACUUUGAAGAAGCCAUUCUUAUGUGCUUUGAUCAUGGUAGUAAUAGUGAGGAGGAAGCUGAAAAACUCCUCAAGCAAAUAGUUGAUCCAGCCUUGGGUGAACAGUUUGGAAUUAUAGCAGAGCUUCUUGCCGAAUGCAGCUCUCAGUCUAAGGCCCAGUUGAAGAGAUUAAGGGAACUUAGACAGAAGAAGCAAUUGAAUCCAUUUGCAUUUUAUAAUGGAAAUGCCGAAAACGCUGAAAAUGCCGAUAAUGUAUCCAUCGCUCCCACUGAAUCAACGUUAAGAUCUUCGAUUUUCACCAGAUACACCGGAAAAUCAUCAAGCACGGCAAAAACGGGUUCUUCUCGACGGACAGCAAAGAAUAGGAGACGUGAGGAAAGGAAGAGAGCUCGUGGUAAGAAGGGUACGAUAUAUGAAGAGGAAUAUUUGAUCAGGUCAACUGGAAGGUUAGUCGACAGAUUGAAUCUUACUGUGUCAGACGCAGAAAAGCUUGUUGAGGGUCUAGUAAGACGUGGAAUGAUGGAGCAGGCUCAUAAAAUACAAGCUGAUUUCAUCGAACUACAAGAGUUUAUAGAGAAUCAUAUGAAGGAGAUUUACACCAUGAGUGAUAAGGAUAGAGAGAGAAUAGAUGAUCGGGGAAUCGUUUACAUGAUUCCGGAAAUUCCGGCUCCAUCAAUGAAAAAGUUCACCAGUCGCGAAAUUCUUGAGUAUUGA